AAUUCAAUUCAUUUCCAGCUAAAUUGCUUUGAUCCUAUUGCAACUGACAUAGUUUGUGAAGGGGAUGUAGUACCUUCUGUUGGAGAGAUUGAGUUCAACAAAGUCAAUUACAUAAACUGGGUAGGCUGGGCCGUCUAUGCUCAGAGGGUCCGCAUCUGGGACUCAGGAACCAAAAAGCUCACCGACUUCACCACCCAUUACUCAUUCAUAAUUGACACACAAGGUAGUAAAAAUUACGGCCAUGGACUCGUCUUCUUCCUCGCGCCUCUUGAUUUCGACAUCCCACGCAACUCAAGCGGUGGCUUCCUGGGCUUGUUCAACACCACCACUAGCGAAUCACCCAAGAACCAGAUAGUUACGGUUGAGUUUGAUUCUUUUGUGAAUACUGGAUGGGAUCCUUUGUAUGAACAUGUUGGGAUCAACAACAAUUCGAUAUCUUCUAUUGUUACCACUCCUUGGAACGCUAGCCUUCACAGCAGGGACACAACCAACGUUUGGAUCACCUACAACGCAAGCACUCAAAAUCUUAGCGUCUUUUGGUCCUAUGAUGCAACUCCAACACCUCCCGUAAAUUCUAGUCUUUGUUACCGAAUUGACCUCAGGGAGGUUGUAUCCGAGUGGGUGAAGGUUGGAUUUUCAGCAACUACGGCUGAGUAUAGAGAGCGACAUAGGCUUAAGUCAUGGGAGUGGGUUGCUCCCCCUACAGUUGCUCCUCUACUCCUCAACCUUAUGGGCCAUGCCCAUCCUAGAACCAACAUCCCUGGUCUUAGUCACCAUGUGCCUAACAUCUCCCUUGGCCAAUACAUCCUGACCAAUGUUGGCACACUAGUCUGGAGAUUAUUUGCCACUCCAGAUUCCUUCUCAGGCUUUAGCACAUUACCUUUGGCC